UCAGUGUCUCUUUCUUCUCUUUAAUUCUGUUUUUAUUUGUCAAAUUUUAUAAUUUUCACCGUGUUCUCCAUUGAUGCUUCUAUGAAUAUUGCACAGCUUCCUCACUCUUCCUACCCCAUUUUCGUUUUUCUCCAAUUCUGAAAAUUUAAUGGAAAAGCGCAGACUAUAAAAAAUUGCAGCUUGAGAAAGAAAAUAAACAUCGGGGCUUGAAUUGAAGCAUGGGUAAUUUGGGAAAAUAGAUUUGUCACCAAAAAAGAAAUCCAAAAUCGAUUUUGUGCUGCCGCAGAAGCUACGAUUGGUGGCUUCUAGUGGACUCGCGUUUUGGUGGUUGAAUCACUUUUUCAGAUCCGCGUUUGAUUCUGGCCAAACAUCUUAUGAAAUUGAAAAACUGCGUUUGAAGAGUGAAACAUGCGUUUGGACUGCGAUUCAGCCAGAAUCGAGAGAUGCAAUUGUUGCAUUCAGCUACAAAUGCAAAAUCAGUAACUGAAAUUCAAUUGCAGGAAAACUGAUUUGAAAUCGCUUCUGUAUCAUCUAAUCUAACAAUAAGUUUACAAUUUCUUCCAUUAUGUCCAAGGAUCCUACCAAUUUGUCUCGCACCUUCAAAUACCUUUUAGCUACUCAAUUCUUGUCAAGAGGAAUUCCAUUUAUAUUCAAUACAUGGAUCGUAAGGCAUCUCACAGAAGCGGACUAUGCGAUGUAUGCAGUGCAGUUUCAUCUGUUUGUCACAUGUGUUUUAUUUCUUAGCCGGGAGGGUUUCCGCCGAGCAUGCAUGCGAAUGGAUAUGAAAAGUGAUGGUACGUCUAUGGAAGAAGGUGUCGUGAAGCUAUUGAAAGUAGCAUGGAUGAGUGUCCCGCUUGGAAUACUUGUUACCAUUGUAGCAUGCCUUUUUGUCUUUUGGUGGCAACAAAUAAGUUAUUUUAGUCCAUAUGGGCAGGCUGUCUUGAUCAAUGGUUGUGCCUGCAUUUUGGAGCUCUUGGCUGAGCCUUUGUAUAUUCUUUCACAGAACUUGGUCUUGCUGGAAUUACGGUUGAUGGUUGAGACAGUCGCUACAUUCUCACGGUGCUUGACAAUGUACUUUUUAAUUGUCAAUCUAACUGGACUGGAAAAAUCAAUCAUAUUUGCGCUGUCACAGGCUGCUUAUGGAGCUUGCUUAUUUCUUGGUUACUGGGGCUAUCUGCUUCUUUAUCGGAAAUUUAGAUACUCUUACCUUUUCCCAUUCAGAGAGGGAAGAGUUUUUGGAUUUGACCAGCAACUAUCGAAGAUGUGUAUACUGUUCACCUUUCAAUCGUUUCGAAAGUUGAUCCUUCAGGAAGGAGAGAAAAUAGUGCUCGUGUGGUUUGAUACACCAUAUAAUCAAGCUGUAUAUGGCCUCGUGGAUAAAUUAGGUAGCUUAGUGGUGAGACUUGUCUUUUUACCAUUUGAAGAAAGUUCAUACACAACAUUUGCAAGGUCUGCUUCAGGAGAAUAUCAGGGUAAACACAAGACAUUAGGAAGCUGCCUGACAGAAUCCCUCAAGUUAGUUUUGUUGAUUGGUGUUGUUUUCAUGGCAUUUGGUCCAAGUUAUUCUUAUUCCCUCAUUAGAUUGUUGUAUGGAAAAAAAUGGAGUGAUGGAGAAGCAUCAACUGUCCUCCGCUAUUAUUGCUUUUAUGUCAUUGUUUUGGCUAUGAAUGGAACAUCUGAAGCCUUUAUGCAUGCAGUUGCAACAGAGAGCCAACUCAAGCGUUCAAAUGAUUCACUACUUGUAUUCUCUUUGAUCUCUGUAGUUCUGAAUGUCCUACUAAUAAAGCUUUCUGGGUCAGUUGGCCUGAUCAUGGCAAAUUCUCUUAAUAUGACAUUGAGGAUUUUAUAUUCUGCAAUGUUCAUAAAGGAAUACUUCAAGGGAUCUUCCUCCUUUUCUUUUCGUGGCUGCUUGCCUUCUGGAUGGAUUAUUCUGUUACUUUCAGGUGUAAUCACUCUCGUUUCUGAGAAUGUAUUUUUGGACCAAGAUAAUUUCUGGCCAACAUUUAUGAUCCAUUUCUCUGUUGGACUGGCUUGCUUCUGUGUGUCGUCAUAUGUGAUUUACUGCCGGGAAAAACCUUUCAUCAAAAAAAUUAUUCGCUUUCGAGAUCACUCGGACUGAUGAGUUCUGCAAGUUAACUGUGAGACAAUGGAAGAUGAUGGAUUAACACUUAGUUUUGUAGGGAGGAUUCAAAAUUUUGUAACAUGCAUAAUACUGCAUUCAUGUUUUUGUAAAUUAAAUCUUACUCCACCAAAUACAAAAUGACAGUGCAUUCUUCUUAAUUUCUGUCGUGUCUAUUUUUUUCUGAAAGUUGAGCACUGUAAAUGCUGAGCUGUACACUUGAUGUGUACAAGUGCAGAAAAUAUUGUUUUCUGAUUUUUUUUUUCCUUCCAUUAAUACAACAGCUCUUUUAUUCUUUA